AUGAUAUCGAAAUUCUCAGCUGCGCUUCAAAUCUCGGUGGAGCUAGGGGUGAGACAAGGACUAGUUAAAGGAAUUGCACUUGGGAGCCAUGGUAUUACUUAUGCCAAUUGGGGUUUUAUGACUUGGUACGGAAGUCGGAUGGUUAUGGACCAUGGUGCUAAAGGUGGUACCAUCUUUGCAGUCAUCGUAUGCAUCACCUUGGGUGGAAUAUCACUUGGUGGAGGUUUGUUAAAUCUUAAAUAUUUCUCAGAAGCUGUUGUAGCAGGGGAAAGGAUUAUCAAAGUGAUUGAAAGAGUUCCCGAUAUUGAUUCAGAAAACACAGAAGGUCAGACUUUAGAGAAUAUUAUAGGAGAGGUGCAAUUUAACCAUGUGAAAUUUAUGUACCCGUCUAGACCAGAUACCCCAAUCUUUGAAGAUUUGUGUCUAACAAUUCCAUCUGGUAAAACUGUGGCUCUGGUGGGUGGAAGCGGAUCAGGAAAAUCUACUGUGAUAUCGCUUUUGCAAAGGUUCUAUGACCCAAUCGCUGGAGAGAUUCUUUUAGAUGGUGUUUCCAUACGUGAGCUGCAAGUUAAGUGGUUGAGGUCGCAAAUGGGUCUAGUUAGCCAAGAGCCAGCGCUAUUCGCCACAUCGAUCGAAGAAAACAUAUUAUUUGGUAAAGAGGAUGCAUCCAUGGAUGAAGUUGUGGAAGCUGCAAAAUCCUCAAAUGCUCAUGAUUUCAUUUCUCAGUUCCCUCAUGGUUACAAAACUCAGGUUGGAGAGAGAGGAGUGCAAAUGUCAGGAGGUCAGAAGCAGAGGAUUGCGAUUGCACGAGCGAUAAUCAAAUCACCAAAAAUUCUUCUUCUAGACGAAGCAACAAGCGCGUUGGACUCAGAAUCCGAAAGAGUUGUCCAAGAAGCCUUAGACAAUGCCACUCUUGGCCGCACAACUAUUGUUAUUGCUCACCGCCUCUCUACCAUCCGCAAUGCUGAUAUGAUUUAUGCAGUUCAUAAUGGUCUCAUUGUAGAAACUGGAACACACGAAGAGCUCAUGGAGAACAAAGAUGGUCAAUAUUCUUCUCUAGUCCGUUUACAACAUAUGGAGAAUGAAGAAUCAAAUGUUAACAAAACUGAAUCAAAUGGUAACAUCAGCUCAAGUAUUCCAGAGGGUCAAUCCUUAAGUUUGAGUAAAGAGUUGAGGUCUAGUUCAAUCCUCCCUGUUCAAAGUGGGGAUGACUUCGUAAAGACUUUAAGAGAUAAGAAGCUUAUGCCAUCGUUUAAGAGAUUGUUGGCGAUGAAUAGACCAGAGUGGAAACAUGCACUAUAUGGUUGCUUAAGUGCAGCCUUAUAUGGGGCCAUAUCGCCAAUUUAUUCAUAUGCUUCGGGAUCAAUGGUGUCAGUGUAUUUCCUAACGAAUCAUGGCGAGAUGAAGGAUAAAACAAGGUUCUACGUGUUGUUACUUGUUGGUCUAGCUAUCUUCUCUUUCUUUAUCAAUAUCAUUCAACAUUACAGUUUUGCUUACAUGGGGGAAUACCUAACAAAACGUAUCAGAGAAGAGAUGCUCAAAAAGAUUUUAACCUUUGAAGUCAACUGGUUCGAUGAAGAUGAGAACUCGAGUGGUGAAAUUUGCUCUAGACUUGCAAAAGAAGCUAACUUGGUGAGAUCGUUGGUUGGUGAACGGAUGUCAUUAGUGGUACAAACUAUAUCAACAGUGAUCAUAGCUUGCACACUUGGUUUUGUCAUCGCAUGGCGAUUAGCCAUAGUGAUGAUUGCGGUGCAGCCAGUGAUUAUUAUGUGCUUCUACACUCAACGUGUUCUGCUUAAGACCAUGUCGAAAAAGGCUAUUAAAGCCCAAGAUGAGAGCAGCAAACUAGCCGCAGAAGCUGUCUCCAACAUCCGAACCAUCACAGCUUUCUCGUCGCAGGAACGAAUC